AUGCAAGAAGCCAAGAGACAACCUGCCAGACGGCAUCCUUACAAAGGCAAGAGACCCAUCAACACCGCUGCAGCUCCUUCUCGAAAUGCUGCACCACCUGCACCUCCACCAAGAGUCGCGACUCCUCCUCUCACCGAGCAAGUCCCUUUGGAUACGCCGCGUUUUGCAGAUCUUGCAAAGGAAAACCUGAUUCAUCCCAUCAUGCUGCAGACUAUUACGCAGGAUCUGAAGUUCGACCACAUGAUGCCCGUGCAAGCAGCAACUCUACACGACCUCCUUGCGAAACGGAUAGAUGUGCUAGCACAAGCAAAGACGGGAACGGGCAAGACGAUCGCUUUUCUGCUGCCGGCCAUACAGACGCUUCUCAACAAGAACAGAAAACCAGGGUCUGGGGUCUCUCUACUAGUCAUCUCACCAACGAGAGAACUUGCUAUGCAAAUUGCAAAGGAGGCAACAGCACUGCUCAAGCGUAUGCCGCAGUAUCAAAUUAGCUUCGCCAUUGGUGGAACAAACAAGACUACGGAGGAGAAGAAGAUCCUAGCAGGCUGCGAUAUCCUGAUAGCCACCCCUGGGCGUCUCCUCGACCACUUGAGCGACGAGAGGGUUCGAGGCUGCUUCAGAAACCUCGACACGCUCGUGCUCGAUGAAGCAGACAGGCUUCUAGAUAUGGGAUUCAUGAAUGAUUUGAAGAAGAUCGUCGCCUAUCUACCCGACAAGGCUAAGAGUAAUAGACAAGGCAUGCUCUUCUCCGCAACCAUCGCGCCCCACGUAGAAAAGGUCGCCCAUCUUGUUCUCUCAAAGGACUACAAGUUCAUCUCCACCAUCCCAAAAGGCGAUCUCAAUACCCACGAACGCGUGCCCCAGCACCUGAUCGUCGUGCCCACCUUCUCCGACGUCGCAGCCGCCCUAGUCGGUUCUCUGCGCUCCGAGAUCGCUCUUGAGGGCCCGGCCACCUUCAAAGCCAUCAUCUUCGCCCCUACCGCUGCGCUCGCCGAUUUCUAUGGCGAGGUUCUGUCUGCUAUGCCCGGUUUGGGAAAUGUCAGUGUGCUACACUCGCGUGUGAGUCAGGGCAAGAGGACCAGUGUGACGAAUGCUUUCCGAGAAGCCAAGCAUGGAACCUUGGUAGCUACGGACGUCGUUGCGCGUGGUAUGGACUUCCCCUCAGUUACAAACGUCUUCCAGGUCGGCAUUCCCAUGGACAAAGAAUCAUACAUUCAUCGAUUGGGACGUACUGCUCGUGCUGGCCGCGAGGGCAGAGGAACAUUCAUUCACGCCGCGGAUGAGACCUUUUUCUCCAAAUACACCUUGAAAGAAAUUGCCUUUGAGAAAACCGAGGCAGACGUGAGCGCUAAGAAUGAGGUGAGAGCUAUUGCUUCUCGUAUGGAGAGUCAAGCGAAGACCUAUCAAGCUUGGCUGGGAUAUUACAAGGGACAUGCCAAAUCCAUGGGCUGGGAUACUGCCAGGCUGGUUCAUGAGGGCAAUAGGUUUGCUUUGGACGGCCUAUGUGCACCAGAAGUGCCAGCUAUCAACAAGUCGACAGUGGGCAAGAUGGGUCUAAAAGGUGUACCAGGGUUGACUGUCCGACCUGAUCCACCGAGAGAGCACAAAGCCAGAGGAGGUGGAGAGGGUAGAGCUGGCGGACGAGGCAGGGGCUAUUAG